AUGGAAGUGUUGCAGGUGGGAUUUCAAACACACCGCGACCGUGAAAAGCUAAUUGAAUUAUGCCGAAUACAUUUGCCAUCCUCAGAAAUCAACUACGAAAGCACAAACGACAUCCACUGCGUAACAUACGAGGGCUGGACAUGUUCUUUGGGAGUUUUCCCAGUUUCAAUCAAGAACGAAGACUUUCUGAAAUUCGUUCGUUUACCCGAAACACGUCGAAAGGCACAAGAAAUACGCCAACGAAUACUUGGACCGGAUGCUCCUUCCGACAGCAAAUUGUUUUUUUCCGUGGAAAGAUUUGAUUAUACCAAAGGAAUCAAGGAGAAAUUGUUGGCCUACAAGAAAUAUUUAGAAAGAUAUGCGGAUCGAAUUGGGAAGGAUGUACUCUACCAGGUGGCUGUGACAAACAGGCGCGCUGUGGAGACAUAUCGCGUGUAUCAAGACGAAUGCUUGCUUCUUGCGGAAGGUAUCAACAAGCUGUUCAUUUGUCCAACCAGGCCUGACUGGAAACCGCUGAUUUUCGUCACCGAAGGUCUGCCUCGAAAGGAGCUGGUUGCUUCCUACCUAGCAAUGGAUAUUGGCGUUGUAACACCAAAAAAAGACGGCAUGAACUUGGUGAGUUUAUCGUUGAUAUCGCUGCAGCGGUGA